AUGUUGGAAACGGAACCUGUCUUGCUCUUGGUGUGUCAGCUGUGUUUUUAACAUGGUUUUAUCACGCCGCGCUGAAAGGAGUGUGAUCUUAGAGCAUCCCCCUGGUUUUAGACCGUAAAAGUUUUUUUCUAGCUUUGCUAAGCCCCUUAUAUUCGUCGAGCGUUCCUGAAAAGCGCAGACCUCUUGGGCAGAGCUGUCGACUGCUUGUUGCUGCUGUAGAGGAUUAACCUUAGCUAGAGGUGGCCGAGCUAGCCUGUAAUAACAACACUGUCAGAGAUAAGUUGAAGCAGCUCCAGACACGUUGUGCACUUUGUCACAGAAAUGCCAGCCAAUGACUUCUUCGUGUCUGCUCCUGGGAAGGCGAUCCUCCACGGAGAGCAUGCAGUUGUGCAUGGAAAGGUGGCUCUUGCUGUCAGUUUGAACCUGAGAACAUAUUUACGAUUGGAGACCACUACUACUGGCAAAGUGUGCAUCAACCUCCCAAAUAUCGACACAUUUCUCUGCUGGAACCUGACAGAGCUGAAGCAGCUUCUUCCUUAUUCUUGUGCAGCUAAGGGGGAGGAGAUGAAACGUCUGGAUCCUGAACUUGUGCAGAGACUGCGUGAAUUUGUCGGUGUAACAAAUGGAAACCUGGAUACUUGCAACAUGGCAACCUUAUCCUUCCUCUACCUCUACCUCUCACUGUUUGGAUCAAGCGAGCUGCCCAGCCUGACCUUGUCUGUGUGGUCGGAGCUUCCGACUGGAGCGGGACUGGGUUCGAGUGCUGCCUACUCAGUGUGUUUAGCUGCAGCUCUGCUCAGUGCAAGAGGAGCCAUUCCCACUCCUCUCAAAGAGUGGGAUCACACUGGCAGGUGGUGUCAGGAGGACCUGGAGCUGAUCAACAGCUGGGCUUUUCAAGGGGAAAUGAUCAUCCACGGGAAUCCUUCAGGAGUAGACAACGCUGUAGGAACAUGGGGGGGCAUGCUGAGAUUCUUGGCUGGGAAGAUAAUACCACUGAGCAGGGUGCCAUUAUUAAGAAUCCUCCUCACUAACACCAAAGUACCACGUAGCACCAAGGUACUUGUUGCCAGGGUGAAGGACAAAAUUAACAAGUUUCCCUCAAUCAUGACCCCUGUACUUGACUCAGUUGAUGCCGUUUCCUGCACUUGUGAGAAAGUCCUUUCAGAGAUGACCUCUGAGCCCAUCACAGGAGAGCACUACAAUAUUCUAGAGGAGCUCAUUGACAUUAACCAGCACCAUCUGAAUGUGAUGGGGGUGGGACACCCUGCCCUGGACACACUGUGUCGGGUCACGCUGACCAGAGGGCUCCACAGCAAGCUAACCGGUGCAGGGGGUGGAGGCUGUGGCAUUACACUUCUGAGACCAGAAACGGACUCCGUCGUUGUCCAGAGUACAGUGCAGGACUUGAGAGACUGCGGCUUUGACUGCUGGGAAACAAGUAUUGGGGGACCGGGUGUCCAGCAGCACGCUCCUUUGUCUGUUAAGGAGGAAGUUCUGGAGAUUUUAAACCAAUACUGACACUCACCCGUGGCUGAACAAGAGGACAGACGGGCUGUUUGACUGUCUGUCGGUACCUUGUCAGGACCUGAGGUGUGCUGAACUAAUGAAGUGGGCCAAGGGACGUUUGACACUGAGCAGAGCUGGACAGAGCUGCCUGGAGUGAUUAAUCUUAGAUUUUCCUGACUGAAAAACAAUGUAAUCUAAAGUGUAGAAAACAACAAGUCAACUGUGUUGAGUGCUUGCUUGUAAAAUUUACUGGGCUGCAAACCCGUGUGCUGAGCUCUUUGUCCGCUAGAUGGCAGCAGAGUUGCACAAGUGCUUUUUUAUUAAACAGGAGUUAUGUUAAGAGGCUCUGUUAAAAUUGAUGAAUAUGUAAGUGAAGCACUGGCAGGAUUCAUUUAUAUUUUCAUCCAUGUUUAAAGUAGCAGGGCCAACCUAAUUUAAUGGAUUAGAUGAUCGUCAGUCAUUAAUGACCCACUCCUGACAUUAUAUCAUGCAAGUGUUGUGGGAUAACAGCUAUUGUGAAAGUGAUCAUUUUGUAGGAUUUAUUUCAUAAAUAAUGAUAACAAUGGAGGAAAAGAUUGAUGAAAUAAUUUUCUUUGGAGGGAUCAGGGGCAUUAACAAAACACAAUGACUACUAUUCAAUUUUUUUUCUUCAUAGUUCUACAAAGAGAUUUAUGAAAGUAACUGUACAUUGAUAUUUCUCUUCUCAUGAACAGUGAUGGUGAGAAUAUUUCUCUCAAUAAGCCAAAGCCAGGAAAUAAUAAUGUCAUGAAUAUAUUCAGAGAAUUAUUCACAUGUAAUGUCAGACUUCACACUAAUGAAUUAUCAUUAUCAAGACUGCUUCAAACAUAACUUAAAAACAUUACUGUGUAAUGCUGCAUUGCUCUUCAAUUUUGCUCCAAAUUUAACAUGUAGAUAUGUUGAAAUGUAAAUGUAUGCUAAAACUAAAUUCAAGUCUCUUUUCUAUCUUAAAGAUCUGUAAUAAUUUGGUAAAAUAUUCUUCCUAUUUCAGUUUUAUGCGUUGUUCAUUUCUGCAGUUAAAGAGUAAGUGGCUGAUUUGUUGUGCUAGUAGAGGAUGGGGAGAGGGGGACAGCAGGAGUGUGUGGCCUCUCUGGAGCCUCUGGAUUAGCGCCACUAUAAUGUGAAUCAACAACAACCAGCGUCCUUCUGUGAGUCACACAUUUGUGCUGACACACACGCACACACACACACACACACACACACACACACACACACACACACACACACACACACACACACACACUCACUCACUCACACUCACUCCAGCUUUCCCAAAUUCUUCUCCACCUAAUCGCUCAUCCUCCUAAGCAUUACAAAAUAUUCUGCAAAUGCCGCAGAUACAGAAGACGGAUCUGUUUAGAAUAUGCCUGAUUUGGGGAAAAGGUCAUUGUGGGAUUCAGUUGAGUUUGAAUAUCCAUUUCAUUUUCUAUUUUUUAAAUGUCAUGAAGAUUGAGUAGUACAAAUCUGGCAGUGUACGUGAAUAAAUGACAUUCGUCACCCUCCCUCCUUUUCCGCCUGGCGCCCCCUCUGUCCUCUUGAAUUGUGUCAUCUUUAUGUCAGGGCAGCCCCCCGUCAGCGCACUGCACAGUUGCCCCUAACCCCUGCUGGAAUUUAAUUACCACUGCGCUUUUCCAUUGAAAUGGCAUUGACAAGGGGGGACAAGAGGGAGACAACAGAGCCCGUUUCAUUUGAAGCCCCUCUCUUUCUUUUUCUGUCUUAUUCUCUCUCACUCCUUUUACCCCUGGAAGGCACAGAUGGUAUUUUUUUUUUUUUUUUAUCAGUGUCAGCGCCUGCUUCUUUCUGCUCUGAUGAAUAGAAUCUAAGGAGGCCCUGAGAUUAUUUCAGAUAACAGAGGGAGUGAGGAAAGGGGGUCAAGGAUAGAGGGAGAAUGUCAGAAUCAGAGGGAUACAGUGAAAACAGUGUGCUGUCCCAAGAGUGAAGAGGGAGAUGAACAAAUCAUUUAACAUUUAACAUUUAGACAGUUCGUCUGCAUGGAUCAAUGCGGGAGAAUCAAGGAUGUAUAAUUCAUUUUGUCCAAGCAGGAGGAAGGAAAUGUUGAAUGUGAAUUUGCUGAGUGGUCAUGCUCACUGUGGCACAGUCCCUCUGGUCCGUCAGUCGACUUUUGAAAUGCUUGUCAGGAACCAUUAAGUUUGAAUACAGAAUUAGACUUGACUGACAAGAUAUCAUGUUGCUCAUGGCCACUGGUUUUACUAACAGGGAGUCGGUGUGUGUAUGACUUCCUACAGUGAGCAUUUUCAUUUACAUAAAUAGGAUCUCUGGA